UGCAUUUUUUUUCUCCAUCUUUUAAAGGUUUCAUUCAGAUCUCCAGUUUACCAAAGUUGGACAUCUGAACGCAGCAUCAACCCUUUUUAUUAUUGUUUUAUUCACUGAUCUCCCUCCAUUUUUGGACCGAGAGUCAGUGAGGUGCCCUCCCCUCCUACCCCACACAGAGAGAGGGUGUAGAAAGUCGAAGCGUGCCCGGAGAUGCGGUUCUUCCUGCCGCUCGGCGUGUAUUGCAUCAGCCUGCUCUCCCUGCAGCAGCUGUCGGCUUCACCGGCCGGGGAGCGUCCUGACGCAAGCAGACUGUCUCAUCCUACCACCCAGGAGAAGGAGGUCACCACUCCCUCAGAAGACCAGCCAAGCAAUGCCCCAACAUCUCCAGCUGCAAGCAAACUCCAAAAAUGGCUGUCAAGCAUCCAGAGGCACCCGCCGGCUUCAGGCGCUUCGUCAUCUCCCGGCCUGACGUGGGAACAGCUCAUUAAGGCCACUCGGAUCAACCGAAGGGCUAAGAGAUCCCAUGGCCACGGACAUUUGAGAGGGGGGAAAAACCACUCCAAGCAUGCCCAGUUGAAGAGAGUGGGUUGUGUCCUGGGAACCUGCCAAGUACAGAACCUCAGCCACCGUCUGUAUCAGCUCAUUGGCCAGAACGGCAGAGAAGAAUCAUCUCCCGUUAACCCGAGGAGCCCUCACAGUUACGGAUGAAGUACGCAGCACCUAUAACAAGCCUACCGGUAUCUCCCUUUAUUUGGGCUUUAAUGUAUUCGAUUUAGCUUUUGCAUUUAAGAUUGAUCUAGUCCACAGACAGCUCGACUUAUCUUAGAAAUCUCCUGCGUGAUUGUUUGAUGGGUUCUGAGCAUUUUUAUUUUUCAAGCAUCACAAUGGACCAAAUCAACUGCAAGGCUCGACAAGGUCAAUCCUGAAAAAACGUGGACAUUAAGACAUUAUCGUCUUCUUGAUUCUUUGUCUUGAAUGCUCAAAGAAAGCAAAAAGCUCCGUUUGAGACCUUUUAAUCUUGUUAAGUUAAGAAGUGAGCUGUUACUGUAAUGCCAUCCACUGCAUGGCAUUAAUCUCUAUUGCAUUGGGUAUCUUGCUGUUCACUGCUCAGACACUUAAGCCCUUGAUGUGGAUUAGAAGCAGCACCACGAGCUGGGGUCCUCUCAACAUAGGUGCAUUUCUAAAGGCCUUUCCAGCAUCCAAAUGAACUCUUUUACCUCUCGAUCAGCUUUGAAGUUCAUCCGCAGUUUGAAGAACUCAGAGAUCACCGUAAUAGUCCUUGAGUUUUGCAUCUGAACUAGGAAUUUACCUCUCAAAAGGACUUUAUGUUUCGAGACUCAUUUUUAAGUCUGAGACCACCCACAACAGGUACUUACUGCAGUAUCAAACAUUAUAGGUUAAGACUUCAACACCCUAAAAAGGAGAAGAAAAGAGCUAGCAUGCGAGGAGUAGUUAUACAGGAAAGAUCUGUUUCAAUUCUGGGCUUCAGACAGUUGAAAAAGUGGCAAAUUGAACAUUAUAGUCAGAUUAGCAUUUCGUCGCUUAAAUGCUUCCUCGCUAAAUGCUUAGAAAUUAUGACUUAUAGCUCAAAUAAGACAUUUUUACGUUACAUUAGGAGUCAAGAGCUUCCGGUCGCUAACAAUAUCGUAUCAACAACCUUUUUUAUUGUUUGGCUUUGUGGUCCAGCACAUGUUAGGCUUCCAGAUUUCAACAGUUAUGCAAAGCUAAGCUCCUUUAGUCAGAGUCGAGUCCAUAGCAAAGGUGUACAAGAAGGCAAAGUCAGACUAGGGUGAAAUACUCCAGUGAAACACAUUUGCUUAAAGAUUUUCUCUUCAGCUGUAUAAUAUGGUGUUAUAGUGUGGUUUGGAACUGAGAACCACCCUGACCAAAAUGCUAGCUGUAACAGUGCCCAGUUUCAAAUAUGAACGCAAAUAGCCUAGCACCAACCAAAAAAAAGCGUGCCCCGACACUUGAUCUUCUUUUUAUGUCUGUCUAUGAAUUGGUGGGUGGAUAACGGGCUAAAAAUUGCUGAGGAACAAGGUUUUAUUCGUGGACCAUGUUAUAAUUUGUCGGGUCUUAAAGUUCCCAGCGUUCCAGCCUUCCAGUGUCUAUACCGACUUAAUCGUGUUUAGGGUCGCCAGAUGGGGCCUCUCCCAGCUAUGAACGGGCAAGCAGCAGGAAACGGCCUGAACAAGUCAACAGUCCAUCGUAAGACCAAGAAUUUGGUCCUAGAGCCAGCCUUUGUACCGCAAUGUCAACCCGAACAUUUCCACACCUAUCGUGUUAAAUCUAUUUUAUAACUUUGAGAUGCACCAAUAAUCUGGCUAGAGACAGACCCCGCCAAAUUUCCCUUGAUGGACUCUGAUCAGCGAUGGCAGAUUGAGACUAAAUUGGAACCAUUCAAAAUCUGAAUCAACUGGUCAGACCUCAACGAAAACCGGACAUCCCUAUUAGCCAGGAUAAGCCCGAUUGGUGCAUCUCAAGAAGUAGUAUUAGAUGUAUACAUUUUGUUGAAUCUACAGUGGAAGACUUAACUAUGUUGUAGUGUUUGAGUACUGUUCUAGGAGGAAAGCAAGUCGCUUAAAAUUGGUAUUGGUAUUAUUAUUAUUAUUAUUAUUGUAUGAUGUUUAGUUUAUAAUUUUUUUAAUUUAAAGGUGUAGAAAUCCUGAAAGAGCAUCAGUUGAAACUCAGCAAAUACCUGGAACUACUUGACUAACUGAGUGGCCUUACAGUAUGUGACCCACAUGAUAUGAUACCGUGUUAAUUUCUGUCUUAAUGUAUUUUCCGCUGUCAUUAUUUCUUCCAUAUUUAGUUAAUGUUUUUUUCCUGCUGGCUAUAAUCCUUUUAGACAGGAGGUCAAAUCGUAAUAGCCAGCGGUUCCUCCGUCUUAACGCUAUAAUCUGUUCAAAGGCUCGCCGAGGUAAAUCAUUCCUUUUCUCUCUGCUGUGAUGGAGCUAAUCAGUGUAUCGUGACAGAUCAUUAAACGGCUUUUGAAAUGCCAAAUCAAAAACCGUCCUUCUAUGUUUUAAAAAAUGUAUGUUCUCAGCCACCCUAUGUGUUUAAGAUGAGUUUGCUAGCCUUAUCACUGUUUUGCUCUCAGCAUGUUUUUUUUGGGACGUCACGCGUUGCGUCAUGUGGAGUUGUGCCGGCGAACCGCGUCACAGCCGAUACGUCCUGGUCAGUGUUUCAAGGCCAUCCGUGACAAAGAUUCAUAGGACUGAGUCCAGUCAUGUUAGUUUAUCAAUAGGCUUGUUUUUACUGUUUAAAAACUGAGAGUCAUAUGUUCUUCUUUAGGGUCACAGGAAAGCACUUUAUUGCAAGCAUGUUGACAGUUUUCUUUUUUUUUUUGCAACUUGAAUUUAUAUAUUUAAGAGUUAGUGACGGUAGGGAUGAGGUGCUUCUUGUUAAAGUUGCCUUGUGAGAUUGCCUAUGAAUGUCUCUGAAGAUGUGCGUGCACUCGGUCUGGCUCUACGCUGGGUGCACCUAUGAAUAUAAUGUUAUGCUGUUGUAUUUAAAGAAAGUUAUGUAUUUAAGUAUUUAAGUUACCUUUGUAUGAUAAUGCCCCAGUGAACUAUUUAUCUUGUCUUUUCCAUUUCUCCUUAUCUUGGUAGGAAACACCUUUUUUGACUGUAGUGCAAAUGUUACUGUUUGUCCAUGUUGCUCAGUCUUUAAAAUAAAGGACUAUACUGUAGAGGGA